CAGAAGGCAGUCACAUGAUCAGUGUUUUCCGCAAUUUCGUACUUCGUGAGAUUGUUGCAGCCAUUCCACUUUGAUACAGACCAGCAAACAGUGAAAAUGAGGCUGGUGAUCCUCGAAGACUACGAUCUAGCAAGUGAAUGGGCUGCGAAGUACAUCCGGAACCGCAUUAUCCAGUUCAAGCCCAGCGCAGACAAAUACUUCACGUUAGGAUUACCCACUGGAAGCACGCCCCUGGGCUGCUAUAAAAAGUUAAUAGAAUACUACAAAAGCGGAGACCUCUCUUUUAAGUUCGUCAAAACCUUCAACAUGGAUGAGUACGUAGGCCUACCAAAAGAUCACCCAGAGAGUUACCAUUCCUACAUGUGGAACAACUUCUUUCAGCAUAUCGACAUCGACCCUAACAACACCCACAUCCUGGAUGGAAAUGCCCCUGACCUGGAGGCAGAGUGCCAGGCCUUUGAGCAGAAGAUCACGGAGGCCGGAGGGAUAGACCUUUUUGUUGGAGGUAUUGGACCUGAUGGACACAUUGCCUUCAAUGAGCCCGGGUCCAGCCUGGUCUCCCGGACGCGUGUUAAGACCCUCGCCAAGGACACCAUCCUCGCCAAUGCCAGGUUUUUCGGCAAUGACCUGUCCAGGGUCCCCACCAUGACCUUAACUGUGGGUGUGGGAACAGUGAUGGAUGCUAGAGAGGUCAUGAUCCUAAUCACGGGAGCGCACAAAGCCUUUGCCUUGUACAAGGCCAUCGAGGAGGGGGUCAACCACAUGUGGACCGUAUCAGCCUUCCAGCAGCACCCCCACACCAUCUUUGUGUGUGACGAGGACGCCACCCUGGAGCUCCGGGUCAAAACCGUCAAGUACUUCAAAGGGCUGAUGCACGUGCACAACAGGCUGGUGGAUCCUCUGCACACCAUUAAGGAGCAGAAGCAGUAAGGACCGGACAUGUGCAGGCAGACGGGAUCGUUAAUGUGGCCGUCGCCAAACGGUCAAACCCGGAGGGUGCAUUUGCCCAACGACCUAUGCACAUUUGGAAAGAUAAACAGUAUAUUAGUCGAGACAACCAUAUAAUGGAAAUUGAUAAUAACAACAACAACAAUAACAACAGUAAUAAUAGUAAUAGAUUGGAUUGAUACAGCACUUUUCAAGGAUCUAAAAAGUGCUUUU